AUGGGGAACUCGGAUCAAGCGGAGAGAGAAUACACGUCGCCGUACGAUCUCACGAAACAAACGAGAGGAAGAGGAGGAGAUGGGUCGUCGUCGUCGGUAUCGUCGCGGUAUUAUUAUGAUUCCGCUGGAAGGCAUUACCCCCAACAACAACAACAACAACAUAAAGACGCGCUCGCGGAGCGGAUGAUGACAUCAUCAGCAUCGAGCAGCAGCAGCACGAGCCCGAUGAUCGCACCGGGAGGAAUAACGGCAAUGUUCACGAAUACUAAUAACAACGAAAAGCAACAACAAAGAGACCAAACGAACGAAGAGUUGAAAGAUAUCGUCUUGAACGUGACGCAGAGAGUCAUCGCGAAUAAGAAGAGAGUUUCGGUGGAAGAUUUUGAAUCCGGGGAAGCGACCGCGGCGUUGAGCAUGGGCGUGAUGAUUAUGAUGAUUGUGUUUAUGAUUAUCGUGUCGAUCGCGUUGAGACAGUUGAAAUCGAAGUGGGUACACGCGUCCGGGGCGGCGUUGAUGUUGGGGAUCGUGUUGGGCGUGAUUACGUACCAGGCGAGGACGGAUUUGAGCGCGCAAGUCGCGGUGGAAGAUAAAUCGAGAAUCAUCCAGUUUGUAGAUUGGAUGUUUUUCGACGUGAAGUUUUUCUUUCUCGUUUUGUUACCUCCCGUGGUGUUUGAGGCUGGGUAUACUUUACAUCCGGGGACGUAUUUCGGGAACGCAGACGCCAUCGCGACGUUUGCGUUUUUGGGAUCCUUCAUGAACACGUUCAUCGUCGGCGGGUUGAUGUACUUGUGCGGGAGUUUAGGUUUGUCUUACGCGUGGGAUCCGAUUUCUGCGUUGUUAUUCGGUAGUUUAAUCACGUCGACGGAUCCCGUGACCGUUUUAUCCGUCUUCAACGACAUCGGGAACGUGGAUCCGGAUUUGAACGCGAUGAUUUUAGGCGAAUCGGUGCUGAACGAUGCCGUUUGCAUCGUUUUGUUCGAGAUGUUUUCGAAGCAAAUCACGUUGACUCGACUGAAAUCCGAUUACGCGCAAGAGAUGGAGCUGAAAGAUUUGAUUUUCGAAUCUAUCAAAGGUUUCGUCCUGACUUUCGGGACGAGUAUGACCGUAGGUAUCGUCGUCGGCAUGGGGUCCGCGUUGUUGAUUAAAUACGUUUCUGUCACGAGCGAGCACGAAGACGGGUGGGUGUUUGAUACCGCGCUGGUAUUUUUGUUUCCAUAUUUAGCGUAUUCGAUUAGCGAAUCGAUGGAAAUGAGUGGGAUCGUAUCGGUUCUGUUUUGCGGGAUUGUUAUGGGGAGAUAUACCAGGCAAAAUUUAGAACGCGCGCCGAGGAUGGUGUCCAUGUGCUUGUUCAAAGUCCUCGCGUACGUUGCGGAGACGUUUGUGUUCAUUUACAUGGGCGCGAGUAUGUAUCGCGCGUCGUUCGCGUACAUUACCACCGGUCUCGUCGCCUUAGUCGUCGUCGUAGUCAGUCGAGUCAUGUGCGUCUAUCCGUUGUCGUACAUGUUGAACAUAACGUCGAGAAAAUCAAACGCCACCGGGUACAUUCAAGGCAACACGCAGCAUAUGUUGGUGUUUUGCGGCUUGAGAGGAGCAGUCGCGUACGCGCUGAGCGUGAAGGCGGCAGCAGAGUUUGGCGCGGUUGGUGGCGCUAUGCUCACGGCGACGACGUUUUUGGUGUUGGUGACAGUCAUUUUGCAAGGCGCGUUUAUGCGACCGGUGAUGCAGUGUCUCGGAUUCGGUUCCGCCGACGAAGACGGAAAAAAUAGUGUUACCAAGGAGGAGAGCGGAAAUUUGAACAGUGGUGAUAAGGGUGGUGACGACGACGACGACAACGACAUUCCAAACGUGGAAUCCUUGCAUCCAUCGAGUGGGAAGAAUAACAAACCGGACGAACCUUUGCGCCAUCGCUCUUCUUCCUACCACGCUUUGGAAAAGUUUGACGCCAAAUACAUUCAACCAUGGUUAAUGUCAGAACCUCCUUCGUCGCCGAAUCGAAUGUUACGAUCAUCGACGAGUACCGCGAAUAAUAACAACAACAACGGUAACGGUAACGGUUCGCACCCGAACACGCCGUCAAGAGUGCGCAAAGGAAAGUCGUCCAUCUCCGCAGCCGCCGCGGUGACUGCCGCGCAGAGAGACCUCUCCGCGAGCGACUUUUCCGGGCGAACGAUGAACAAGUUCAACGCAGAAUCCGGCGAACGCAAACCUUUACUUGGCGAACAAAUACAACAACAACAACAACAACAACAUCAACAACAUCAUCAUCAUCAUGGGGGCAACAAGAAGCGUUCCAACUCCCCUCCCAGCACUCGCCGAAAAGAGGUCACCGCGGAGGAUAUCCGAGGCACUCUAAACUUUGACAAGUUUGGCGCGCACGACCGAGAAACCUCUCUGAACUCAUCGACCAUCGAGGAAUCUUUGCGGUUAUCGCGGAAAUACGAGCGAGAGAAGCUCGGCGAGAACGUUACGCCACAUCAUCAUCAUCGUAAAGAGAUUAGCGUCUCACUCGCCGCCGCCGCCGAGGAGACUUUUUACUGA